CACUUUGUUUGUUAACAACCAAGAACCAACCAACCGCUGUCCAAAGUUCAAAAACUUUUUGGGGUCGGAAAGUCCACAACGGGGUGGAUAAAUUGGACAAUAUAGAUGUGCAUCUUUCCACAUUCACACCACCACACUGCCCUAACCAUAUAGUCAACUCCAAGUCUUCCUGCUCUCUCCUUCUCUGAAUCGCCAAACAGAAAACCAUGUCAAAUACCCACAUCCUGGUGUUCCCCUACCCAGCGCAAGGGCACAUGCUCCCAAUUUUAGACCUAACCCACCAGCUAGCCCUCCACGGCCUCUCCAUAACUAUCUUGGUCACCCCCAAAAACCUCCCAACCCUAACCCCUCUCCUCCACACCCACCCCUCCUCCAUCCAAACCGUAGUCCUCCCCUUCCCUCCUCACCCCAAAAUACCCCCCGGCGUUGAGAACAUCAAGGACAUAGGCAACCACGGCAACUUGUAUGUGAUCAACGCCCUAGCCAAUCUCCAGGCCCCGAUUGUCCACUGGUUCAGCUCCCACCCUAACCCUCCGGUGGCCCUCAUCUCUGAUUUCUUCCUCGGGUGGACCCUACACCUGGCCCACCAGCUUGGCAUUCCCAGAAUUACCUUUUACUCCUCUGGCGCCUUCUUGGCCUCUGUGUUCCACUACUGCUGGCGUAAUUUGGACAAAAUGCGCUCCUCCUCAGGGAUCGUUCAUUUUCCUGAUCUUCCUAGAUCGCCCUCUUUUAAACAGGACCAGGUGCCCUCUGUGGUCCGCUGCCACAGAGAAUCGGAUCCCGAGUCUGAGCUCCUGAGGAAUUCCAUGCUCGCCAAUACCGAGAGUUGGGGAUGCGUUUUUAACAGCUUUGAGGACUUGGAGACUGAGUAUUUCGCCCACUUGCGGACUAAAAUGGGCCACUCCCGUGUUUACGCGGUCGGCCCAUUGAGUCUAACAGCGGCCGCGGCUGCUGAUGACAGUAGUUUGGGCCGGGCCAACCCAAACAAGGACUUCGGUGCCAAUGUGAUGACGUGGCUCGACGGGUGCCCCGACGGAUCUGUGCUCUACGUUUGCUUUGGGAGUCAGAAGUUGCCAAAUAGGCAGCAGAUGGAGGCCUUGGCUUCUGGGCUCGAACGGAGCGGGGUUCGGUUUGUGUGGGCCGUGAAAACAGGAUCGGCCCAACAGGUGAAAGAUGGGUAUGGGGUUUUACCAGAUGGAUUUGAGGAAAGGGUUGGCGGGAGGGGCUUGGUCAUAAAGGGUUGGGCCCCACAGGUAUUGAUCCUGGGCCACAAGGCCGUGGGUGGAUUUGUGAGCCACUGUGGGUGGAACUCUGUGCUGGAAGCGAUAGUGGCUGGUGUAUUGAUAUUGGGCUGGCCCAUGGAGGCUGACCAGUUUGUGAAUGCCAAGCUGUUGGCUGAGGACAUGGGUGUGGCCGUGAAGGUGUGCGAAGGCAAUAAUGCAGUGCCGGACCCAGCUGAGUUAGGAAAGGUGAUUUCCGAGUCGAUGACCGGGGAGACACCGGAGAAGGUGAGAGCAAAGGAACUGAGGGACAAGGCAUUUGCGGCAGUGGGAAGUGGCGGGAGCUCUUCAAAGCAUUUGGAUGAGCUUGUCAAAGAAUUGGGCCAGCUUAAAGCGGGCCGAAAGUGAAGCCCACAAUAUUUUGAGCCAAAAAGAUGUUCGACGCAUAGUUUGUUUAGUAAUGUUUCAAUGUACUAUGUUGUAUUUGGUCCCUAAAUAAUUACAUGACUCUUUCACAAGCAA